AAGUGUAUUAAUGUUUUAGCUCAAAAAAAUACAAAUCUCUUAGCCUAUUUGUAGCUAUGAAAAUCUUGAAAUUUUUUCUUGUUUUUUCUAUACUUGGUUGUUUGUCUUGGCCUAGUAUACAAAGUGAAUUAAAAACGUAUAUAGUACACGUUGAAUCUCCAGAAACUCAAAUUUCAACACAAUCUUUGUCAGAGGAUUUAGAGAGUUGGUACCAAUCCUUUUUGCCAAAUACAAUAGCAAGCUCGAAUGAGAAGGCUUCGCGUUUAGUAUAUUCAUAUCGCAAUGUUAUGAAAGGCUUUGCAGCACGAUUAACUGCAGAGCAAGUGAAAGAAAUGGAGAAGAAACCGGGGUUUAUAGUUGCGUGGCCAGAGAGGAUUUUGUCCUUACACACCACACAUAGUCCGAGUUUUCUCGGGUUGCAACAGAACAUUGGCUUGUGGAAGAAUUCCAACUAUGGGAAAGGCGUGAUCAUCGGUGUUUUAGACACCGGGAUCACACCUGACCAUCCUUCAUUUAACGACGAAGGAAUGCCUCCUCCGCCUGCUAAAUGGAAGGGAAAAUGUGAAUCCAACUUCACUACGAAGUGUAACAACAAGCUCAUUGGAGCGAGGACGUUCCCACAAGCCAAUGGUUCACCAGUAGAUGAUAAUGGACACGGUACACAUACCGCCAGCACAAUUGCUGGCGGUUUUGUGAAAGGUGCCAAUGUAUUUGGAAAUGCUAUUGGCACCGCGGUUGGAAUUGCCCCUCUUGCUCACCUAGCCAUUUAUAAAGUCUGCGAUUCGUUUGGUUGCUCUGAUAGUGGCAUUUUAUCUGCUAUGGACGCGGCUAUUGAUGACGGAGUUGAUAUCUUAUCACUUUCCCUUGGUGGAACUACUAACCCCUUCCAUAGUGACCCCAUUGCACUCGGGGCGUAUAGUGCAACACAAAGAGGUAUUCUUGUAAGUUGCUCUGCUGGUAAUAACGGUCCAUUUGAAAGCACGGUUGUAAAUGAAGCCCCGUAGAUUCUCACAGUAGGCGCGAGCACUCUUGACAGGAAAAUUAAGGCAACUCUCAGGCUUGGAAAUAGAGAAGAAUUAGAGGGCGAAUCAGCUUUUCAUCCAAAAGUUUCCAAUAACAAGUUCUUCCCUUUGUUUGAUCCUUCAGAGAAUGCUACUGAUCCUAACUCUGACUCCGACAUUCCCUUUUGCGGACCAGGGCUGACCGAGCUCAGUCCUGUUGCAAAAGGGAAAAUUGUCUUGUGCGAGGUAGGUGGUGGUUUUAACAGAAUUGAAAAAGGGCAAGCAGUUAAGAAUGCUGGAGGUGUUGGUAUGAUUCUCACAAAUCGUCCUCAGGACGGUUUCACUAAAUCAGCGGAUGCUCACGUCCUUCCAGCCUUGGACGUGACAUCCUUUGAUCGAAGUAUAAUCACCGAUUAUAUGAAAUCAACGAAGAAUCCUGUGGCUAGAAUUACGUUCCAAGGAACGAUAAUUGGAGAUAAAAAUGCUCCGGUAGUUGCUGCAUUUUCUGCUCGCGGACCAAGCACAGCUAGUCCCGGAAUUUUGAAGCCUGAUAUUAUUGGUCCUGGUGUUAACAUCCUUGCAGCUUGGCCUACCUCGGUUGAGAACAAAACAAACACAAAAUCGACAUUUAACAUAAUUUCGGGUACCUCAAUGUCCUGUCCUCACCUCAGUGGAGUAGCAGCAUUGCUGAAAAGCGCGCACCCUAUGUGGUCUCCUGCAGCUAUUAAAUCAGCAAUCAUGACAACCGCGGAUAUAGUCAACCUCAAGAACGAAUCCUUCCUAAGGGAAACGCUCACUCCUGCUGGAAUCUUCGCGUUUGGGGCAGGUCAUGUCAAUCCAUCAAGAGCAAAUGAUCCAGGACUAGUUUACGAUACUCAAUUCAAGGACUACUUACCUUAUUUAUGCGGUUUGAAUUACUCGAAUAGAGAGGUGGGAAACCUUCUACAACGCAAGGCGAAUUGCUCAAAAGUGAAAAGUAUCCCCGAAGCACAACUCAAUUACCCUUCAUUUUCUAUCUCACUUGGAGAAAAAUCUCAAACAUACACGAGAACGGUAACAAACGUUGGAGAGGCAAUGUCAACUUAUCGCGUGGAGAUAGUUUCACCACGAAUGGUCUCCGUUGUUGUUAAGCCCUCGAUUCUAAAGUUCUCGAAGAUGAACCAGAAGAUGUCGUACCGUGUGACAUUUUCCACAACAACCAAGAUUGAAAACAUGGAAGUUGUUCAUGGAUACUUGAAAUGGACUAGUAAUAAGCACUUUGUAAGAAGUCCAAUUGCAGUUGUGCUACAAGAGCCAGAAACACCAGAUUUUGAUUAGUUUGUUUGAUUUUUAAUAAUUUGUUUCCAUGUAUAAUAAGCCUACAUUAAUGGCUUGUAUCCACAUGAGUUCACAAAUUACUCAUUUAUGGACUAAUAUUUCUAUUUUAA